AUGCCUAUUCGCAACCCUUUCGCUCGUCGCCCUGGCGGUGCCAUCGUUCAAGAUGAGAACCAACGCCCUGAUUCUACCCCUGGCUUCGAGAAAGUCGACACUGUCGGCUCCAAGUCCACCCCCGUACUAAGCAUUCGAAGUCAAGGUCGCGACAACGGCGAAUACAAGAUGAGCGUUGUCAACGACAGUGGCGUUUAUCUUCCUCCAUCACCUACUGAGGAAAAGGGCCAGUGGCCUCGAAAGUAUCUCACGACCCGCAACUCGACAGAUACUCGAAGCAGUUCCGGCGACAUUGAACAUUUCUCUAUUUCCCGCGAGUCCUUUGAUUCCUACCGCCGAUCUUUCGACAUCUCUGCAAGAUCGCCAAUGCCCAACUGUGAUUUCCCAACACGCCAGAGUCUUGACUCAGCACGUCUUCCCCGACUACCUAGAUCUGCGAUCGAGCGAUCAUUCGAGCAGCCACCAACCGCCGAGGAGCGUUUUGAAGACGUGGGACUAGACGACCAUAAGCAGCAGCAACAGCAGCCGGUUCCCCAGGCACAGCCUCAGAAGCGCGGGUUUUUUUCGAAAUUCUCCGACAAGGAUAGCUCGACCAAUCCUACCGUGUCCCGUUUCCUCAUGCAUGGUCGCAAAAGAGCCCAGAGCGGCCAAGGUUCGGAGCUCACUCCCAUGGACAACGCAUCCCCCAAGGUGACUGUCUCAACUGAUGGUCAAGAAAUGCAAUGA